GGCCUGGCCCGUCCCGGGCAGCUUAGAUCCCGACCCCGGAAACGGGCGCUCGGACGCCGCCGGCUCUACGGGGAGGGCUGCAGCCCCUCUCGAGCAUCCCUGCCCCCCCCCCACGCCCACCCCCCGUAUUGGCCGGUGCCCAUAGUCAGCAAGUUAUUCGUCGCCCGCCUCAUUCAGGUAUUGUUUUCCGGAGCUUCAGCUUCGCUACUGUCUAGAGGCUUGCAGUUUCCAAAGCUCUUCAUUCAUCCUGCGUGUGCUGCGCCAGCGACCAAGACACUUGAGCUUUCUAGGCACUUGUGGGCAGAACUGCUCUCUCUGAUCGAUACCAGAACCUUCCGACCCCGCGGAAACCUGGGCAAAGUACUUGUGCGGUUCUGGGAAUCUGCGCAGCCGUGUUUCUGCCUUUAAGGAGGCAACUCCUGCAGAGGCGGAGCCGGCUGUUAACUUGGUCCACCCCCGAGGAGGCCUGCGUGCGUGUGUUCCGUGGCCCGGAAGCCAAGGGUCCUGGGUUAGAAUCCCGCCCCUGGCGCUCAUUAGCAGAACCCCUCGAAGCGGCCGCUGCCCUCUCGGAGUCUUCGCCAACUAUUUUUGCAGAAUGGAAACAGACUGUAAUCCCAUGGAGCUGAGCAGUGUGUCAGCAUUUGAAGAAGAUGCAGAGCUUAAUGGCUUUGAAGGAACUGAUAUGAAAGACAUGAGGCUGGAAGCUGAAGCAGUUGUAAAUGAUGUUCUCUUUGCUGUUAACACCAUGUUUGUCUCAAAAACCCUGCGCUGUGCAGACGACGUGGCCUAUAUCGAUGUGGAAACAAGAGAAAGGAAGAGAUACUGCCUGGAGCUCACUGAGGCCGGGCUCAGGGUGGUAGGUUAUGCUUUCGACCAGGUGGAUGAUCAUUUACAGACUCCCUACCAUGAAACAGUCUACUCCUUGUUGGAUACACUCAGCCCUGCCUACCGGGAAGCAUUUGGAAAUGCACUCCUUCAAAGACUGGAAGCUUUGAAAAGGGAUGGACAGUCAUGACUCAGUUUUUUCCUGUUAGAGAGGCCGCUGCUGGUACACAAUGUUGACCUAAAGCUUGAAAUUCUUCCAGAUGGUCACAGUAGAAAAUGCAUCUUUGAUUUUGUGUCUUUAUCAUUGUUUGCUUCACAUUUAGGCUUUUGAUUGAGAACUUUAUUGACUAAUGAAUCGUCUUUCUUAGUUUGUGAUUCAUUAAGGAAAUCCUGAGGCCAUUGCUGUGACACCGUCAUUAAGACACUCACAUUUCUUCAUAUAGUAUCUCUGGCAUUCUGAAAACCUAAUCAGUAUUUCAUUCUCUUAUUGCAGGACUUUGAUGCUGCCAGCACUGUCUCUUACAUAGGAAAUUCUAGAUUUGCACAGUAAUAUAGGAAAUAAACUAACUUCAAACUUUGAUUCAGCUUGCUAAAUCAGGGGUUUGCUACUAGCUUGGACUGACUUUGUAGUAAUUAUUUUUGCUACUAGCCUUAUUGGAAACAAAUUAUCAACUAGUUUCCCCUGCACACAUUUUGAAAUUCACUGCUUCAUGUAAUCUAUUUAUAUUAUUAGUAUGGACUGAUAAAGAUGAGUUAAUUCUAUAUUACGUAGCUAGUAUUACGUGAAGAACAGGUACUGAAAUAGUACUGUAUUCCUGUUUGCAACAGCCAGCCAAGUAAGAGGACAAACCGUUAGCAAAUGAAUGCAACAAUUACUUGUUUCCAAGAUAUUUAAGCACAUAAGCAAAUACAGGAACAGGCUCCAUUCUUUUCCUAACAAAAAGCAUCUUCAGUGUGUGUGAUUUAAAAGAAAAAAGACUCUGAUUUCCUAGAAAACAGUAUUUUGGCCUGUGUUGAUUCUUAUUAUGAAUGUUUGUUUACAUAAUGUACAGUAUAUAUUCAGAAAGUAUUUUUGCUUCAACGUUUCCUUUCUAUGAUGUAGCGCUUUGGUAUUCCCACAGCACCCCUCCUUCCCCAACAGAUGUACAGUGUUCUGUCUCAGUGCUAAAUCUGCAAUGUCAUAUGAGUGCAUCGUAUGGGUUUGAAACCAAAGGAUGAAUGAAGCAUUCAGAGACUUAAUAUUUGAAAAAUGGAGACUGUAUUUUAUAUUUUAUUACAGGUACUAAUAUUUAUAAAAAUAAACUAUACCAUGCUGCUACAUGUUUUCAAGUACAUGUUGAAUAAUAAGGAUUGGGGAGUUGUUUUUUUAAUACUAGUCUAAAGCAGCAGCUAUAGAAAUGUUGAACUAAAAUUCCACAUCUGGACACACCUUCAUAAUUUGUCAUUUGAAGACUUUUUAAAAUCAUUAUUAAAUAAUAGGUACUUUGAGGCUCUGAAGAUCAUGUAGACCAGAGCAAGUUAAAGUUUGGUUUGGGUCACUAUUCAUUGUCAGAGUUUAUUGGAAUGCUUAAAUUAUGUUUGAUAAAUGAACAUUCAUCCUCAGCUUUAUUUUCAGAUGCUGAAGUGUUUGGGUAAUGAAGUCUAACUUCAGGUUGAACUUUCUCAUGCUUAAUCUCAGGCUAAAGGUAAAGGAUAUUUGUAAAGUCUGAAUAAAAUUCUGUUUACUAAUUUUGAGUUAAGUAUGAAGAAAAGUGAUUGUAUGUUUAAAAAUUGAAAGCGUUCAUUUUGUGAUAAAUGUUUGAUUCCGAGA